CCUUGGGGACCUUUUUCCGUGGUUUUUCCCUUCUUCCCGGCAUUCUCGUUUCCGCCUUCUCGUGUCUCUUCAGUUUUUACACCCACUAACUUCGCGCCCAGGGGCUCAGUGACGCCAUCUUUCUGCGCCGUGUGGACACCCGCCUGUGGAUAAAGGGACAGCUCAGUCGCCCUUCUCUGUUGGGCUGCUGUUCCUAAACAAGCAUGGCGCCAUCUCUGUGGAAGGGACUAGUAGGCAUCGGCCUCUUUGCUCUCGCCCACGCUGCCUUUUCCGCUGCGCAGCAUCGUUCAUAUAUGCGAUUAACAGAAAAGGAAGAUGAAUCACUGCCAAUAGAUAUAGUUCUUCAGACUCUUCUGGCCUUUGCAGUUACCUGUUAUGGUAUAGUUCAUAUUGCAGGGGAGUUUAAAGACAUGGAUGCUACUUCAGAACUAAAAAAUAAGACAUUUGAUACCUUAAGGAAUCACCCAUCCUUUUAUGUAUUUAAUCACCGUGGUCGAGUACUGUUCCGGCCUUCGGAUACAACAAAUCCUUCAAACCAAGAUGCAUUGUCCUCUAACACAUCAUUGAAGUUACGAAAACUCGAAUCACUGCGCCGUUAAGAUUUUUAAAAAUUAAAUUACAGAACAGGACACAGUUGAACAGUGGAGUUGGGGGUAUAAAACACUCCUCUCAUCAGUAUUUAUAUUGAUUUUUUUCAGAUCUGGUUUUAAGAAGUCUAUGGCCCUUGUUUGUACAUUGGUUAUCCAGUCAUUAAUGGAAUAUAAAUUAUCUGUGAAAUGAAUCUUUGAUCUUUCAUAUAGAGAAUUUUUUUCAUUUAAACCAAUUUACAUCUUUUGUAAAAGUCACUGUUUUGAAAACAUUUUCAUGGAAAAUAGUAGUUUUUGUGAUUAUUUAUUUUCUUAGAUUUUUUUUCUUUUGCACUACAGUUUUUAGAAAUCCUUUAGGAAAUACUGUGUGACUACUGCAUUUUGCAACACAAGAGACAUUAAAAUGGUCUUAUCAAAUAAACUUCCCUGAUGAGACCAAAGUGGUGACUUUGCAGCCCUAAAAAGUGGCUCUGCUUUAGCUUUAGCAGAUACUUGACAGUUUUUACUUUAUUCAUGACUUCUCACCCCACUCACUCCCAUAUACUUUCUACUAUCAGCUGUCUUGUUUGAUUACUCCUGAGAGUUUGUGUGCAGUGAGCAAUUUUUGUGUCAAAAAUUCUGUCCUGAUGUAUUUUAUAGGCUCAACUUGCUGCAAAGCUAAUUGGAGUUCUCUUCCAUUAGCCACAAAAAUGUUUAGGUUAUGUAAUGAAGAGUAGUUGAAGAUAGACCAAAAAUGAUUUCAUUAUCUUGCCUGUGGAAAAGAAUAGUAGUCAUUAAGAAUAACCAACUACUUACCUUUAGCAAGUUUCAUUUAUUCAAAUUCUGUUAGUUUAUUUCGUACUUUACUAGUGAAAUAGUGAAAAUGAAGGAAUAUUUUCAGUAAUCUAAAGGCAGACUCAAAGGAAAUUUAGAUCUAAAUAGUUGGAACUCAUAUGCUUAAGUUUUUAGAAAAUUAAGGUCACUGGAGAAAUUUAUUUGUAGCUUCUGACAGAAUUGUGUCUUUAUGGUGCUGAAAGUGAGGAUGAGAAUAGAGUUUAAUUUUUUUUCAGAAACAGAAAUAUUGCUCUUAGGGAAAUUUGGCUUUCUCUAUGUGCUAAAAAAAACCCACAGGAAGCUUAUUAUUUUCUUGGUAGAGAAUAUUAGCUUUUGUUAAAUUACACAAGUAUAAAAACGUUGCUUUUCUUGAAUUGUAAAGUUGUAAAGGGAAUAACUAUUAUGCAGGUAUCAAAAUGAAAUGCACUUUAGGCAAGGGUCUGAAGAUAUUAUACUUUAUUUUUUGAAACAGGGCAUCACAAUCAAGUUACCCUUACACCUGAUGGUAUUUUGUCCCAUUGAAAAUGAAUUUCCUCUCUUCUACUUGGUAAUACACAGUUCCAAAGGAUGUUAUUACUUUGUCAUUGAUUUUUAUUCUGUGCAACUUUUCUGUUUCAUGAGAGCAAAGUUUGGAAUCUGUUGAUUACCUGAAAUAAUUUAGAAAUGCAUUAAAAAUGUGAAGUCAAGGGUUCAAGUGAUAAUAAAAAAAAGUAGAAUGAGAGAAACAA